AUGCCUGGCACAUCCUGUCUAGAUAAUUUCCUUUCUUUGAAACUUGAGCUUGGGACCCGGAAUCUUCAUGGGGCCAUCCCCCUUCUGGCCUCCUUCAUGCUCUCGCAGCCGGCUGGGAAUUGGCCCUCGGAGACGGAAGGCAGAGUUCUGAAGUGGAACCCAGCAGCUAAUGCAGACCUGACUGUGCACAUCCUCCUGAGACCUUCCUUUCCAGCCACAUCUCGGCAGCUGCAGCUGUGUGCUCCACAUGCAAAGCUGAGCUCCGUGUCUGUUCGUGGAAUGAAGCCUGGGGAGCUCAUGGCAGGGGAGGGCUGCAGUGAGGUUUUUAAGCCCACAAGUGAAACUGCUCUGGUGGCAGCCAAACAGCUUGCCUCCCAGGAAGGUGUUCCUGUUCCUCCAAAACAGGCAUUAGAGUGUAACGAGUCGAAAGGUCUUGUGUUACUUGGUUGCUCCAAGCCUAGCGACAGACAGAUAAAUUUGCGCAGUUUAUGGAGGGUGCGAGAGUGGGGAAGUGAGAAACGGAGGGCUGUCUUGCCCAUGGGACCCGACCCUCCGUGGUCCAGAAUGUGGUUCCAUAUUCAAAGGAACCCAGAGACUCCAACCAGUGUGGUUCAGGGAGGUGAGAGGGGGGACCUCCCUCCGUCUCUUGGAAACAUGCUACCUCUGAUGGGCUAUUUUGCUUUUACAGAAUUGGAAGAUAGCCUGUUGUCAAGUUUAAAAGUUCUGAAUCACUCUCCAAUGUCUGAUGCCUCUGUCAAUUUUGACUACAAAUCCCCCUCCCCGUUUGACCAUGGCACUGAUCAGGAAGAGAAGAUCGAAGAUGUUGCCAGUCACUGUCUGCCUCAGAAGGACCUGUAUGCUGCUGAAGAGGAAGCUGAGACCCUUUUUCCUAGGAAAAUGACGUCCCAUAAUGGGAUGGAGGACAGUGGAGGAGGAGGCACCGGAGUAAAGAAGAAAAGGAAGAAAAAGGACCCAGGAGAGCAAGAGGGGGCAGCGAAGGGAAGCAAGGACAGGGAGCCCAAGCCAAAGAGGAAGCGAGAGCCUAGAGAGCCAAAGGAAGCCCGGAAGGCCAAGGAGCCCAAGAGGGCCAAGGAGCCCAAGGAGCCCAAGCAGAAGGAUGGAGUCAAGAAAGCACGGAAGCCCCGGGAGGCCUCGGGUACCAAGGAGGCCAAAGAGAAGAGGAGUGGCGUGGACUCUACAGCCAGGACGAAGUCCAAGAAAGCCAGCAAGGAGCAAGGACCAACCCCAGUGGAGAGAAAGAAGAAAGGAAAGAGGAAAAGUGAAACCACAGUGGAGAGUUUAGAGCUGGAUCAGGGCCUGCCGAACCCAUCCCUGCGGAGUCCUGAGGAGUCCACUGAGUCUGCAGACAGCCAGAAACGACGCUCAGGACGGCAGGUGAAGCGCAGAAAAUAUAACGAGGACCUGGAUUUCAAGGUGGUGGACGAUGACGGGGAGACAAUCGCUGUUCUUGGAGCCGGCCGGACGUCCGCCCUCUCGGCUUCUACACUGGCAUGGCAGGCGGAGGAGCCUCCAGAAGAUGACGCAAACAUCAUUGAGAAGAUCCUGGCAUCUAAGACCGUCCAGGAGGUUCACCCCGGAGAGCCCCCAUUCGACUUGGAGCUAUUCUACGUUAAGUAUAGAAAUUUUUCCUACUUGCAUUGUAAAUGGGCCACAAUGGAAGAGCUGGAAAAGGAUCCUCGCAUUGCACAGAAGAUCAAGCGAUUCAGGAAUAAACAAGCCCAGAUGAAGCACAUUUUUACUGAGCCUGAUGAAGACUUGUUCAACCCAGACUAUGUAGAAGUUGAUCGCGUCCUGGAGGUAGCCCACACCAAAGAUGCAGAAACAGGAGAGGAGGUGACGCAUUACCUGGUGAAGUGGUGCUCACUGCCUUAUGAAGAAAGUACGUGGGAACUAGAGGAAGAUGUGGAUCCUGCAAAAGUUAAAGAAUUUGAGUCUCUUCAAGUUCUCCCUGAAAUUAAGCAUGUGGAGCGGCCUGCUUCGGACUCCUGGCAGAAACUGGAGAAGUCUCGAGAGUAUAAGAACAGUAACCAGCUCCGGGAGUACCAGCUGGAGGGGAUGAACUGGCUUCUUUUUAACUGGUAUAACAGAAAAAAUUGUAUUUUGGCUGAUGAGAUGGGGCUGGGGAAAACCAUCCAGUCCAUCACAUUCCUCUCAGAGAUAUUCCUCCGAGGAAUCCACGGCCCUUUUCUCAUCAUCGCCCCACUCUCCACCAUCACGAACUGGGAGCGAGAGUUCCGGACAUGGACAGAGAUGAAUGCCAUUGUGUACCAUGGCAGCCAGAUCAGCAGACAGAUGAUCCAGCAGUAUGAGAUGGUGUACAGAGACGCACAGGGAAACCCCCUUUCAGGAGUCUUCAAGUUCCACGUUGUCAUCACAACGUUUGAGAUGAUCCUGGCAGACUGCCCAGAGCUGAAAAAGAUUCACUGGAGCUGUGUGAUAAUUGACGAAGCCCACAGACUGAAGAACAGGAACUGCAAACUUCUGGAGGGUCUAAAGCUCAUGGCCCUGGAACACAAAGUACUGCUCACUGGGACACCGUUACAGAACUCUGUGGAGGAGCUCUUCAGUUUGCUGAAUUUUCUGGAGCCAUCACAGUUUCCUUCAGAGACUGCUUUCUUGGAGGAAUUUGGAGAUCUGAAAACUGAGGAACAGGUGAAGAAACUGCAGUCUAUCCUAAAACCAAUGAUGCUUCGGCGGCUGAAAGAUGAUGUGGAAAAGAACCUUGCUCCUAAACAGGAGACGAUCAUUGAAGUAGAGCUCACCAAUAUCCAGAAAAAGUACUACCGUGCCAUCCUGGAGAAGAACUUUUCCUUCCUGACCAAGGGGGCAAAUCAACACAAUAUGCCCAAUCUCAUCAACACCAUGAUGGAGCUGAGAAAGUGCUGUAACCAUCCCUACCUGAUCAAUGGGGCAGAGGAGAAAAUUCUGGAAGAUUUCCGAAAAACCCACAGCCCCGAUGCCCCUGACUUUCAGCUGCAGGCCAUGAUUCAAGCAGCAGGGAAGUUGGUGCUGAUUGAUAAACUGCUCCCUAAGCUGAUUGCAGGUGGUCACAAAGUCCUCAUCUUCUCCCAGAUGGUGCGCUGCCUCGAUAUCCUCGAAGAUUAUCUCAUCCAGAGAAGAUACACCUAUGAGCGAAUUGAUGGGCGAGUACGGGGAAACCUGCGCCAGGCAGCCAUCGACCGGUUCUGUAAGCCAGACUCAGACCGCUUUGUCUUUCUUCUGUGCACCAGAGCGGGAGGCCUGGGGAUCAAUCUCACGGCUGCUGAUACCUGCAUCAUAUUUGAUUCAGACUGGAACCCACAAAAUGACUUGCAGGCUCAGGCCCGAUGUCACCGGAUAGGCCAGAGCAAAGCCGUGAAGGUGUAUCGUCUCAUUACUCGGAACUCCUAUGAGCGGGAAAUGUUUGACAAAGCCAGCCUAAAGCUGGGCCUGGACAAGGCUGUUCUUCAGGACAUAAACCGAAAGGGCAGCACCAAUGGGGUACAACAGCUCUCAAAAAUGGAAGUAGAGGACUUGCUCCGGAAAGGGGCUUAUGGAGCCCUGAUGGACGAGGAAGAUGAAGGCUCCAAAUUCUGUGAAGAAGACAUAGACCAGAUUCUGCAGAGGAGAACCCACACCAUCACCAUCCAGUCUGAAGGGAAAGGAUCUACUUUUGCCAAGGCUAGCUUUGUGGCUUCAGGAAACAGGACAGAUAUUUCCUUAGAUGACCCAAACUUUUGGCAGAAAUGGGCUAAAAUAGCUGAAUUGGACACCGAAGCAAAGAAUGAAAAGGAGAGCUUAGUGAUCGACCGGCCUCGAGUGAGAAAGCAGACCAAACACUACAACUCCUUUGAGGAGGAUGAGCUCAUGGAGUUCUCGGAGCUAGACAGCGACUCAGACGAAAGGCCCACGAGGUCCAGACGCCUCAAUGACAAAACCAGGCGCUACCUCCGAGCCGAGUGUUUCCGGGUAGAGAAGAACCUGCUCAUCUUUGGCUGGGGCCGGUGGAAGGACAUCCUGACCCACGGGCGGUUCAAGUGGCAUCUGAAUGAGAAGGACAUGGAGAUGAUUUGCCGGGCCCUGCUGGUCUACUGUGUCAAGCAUUACAAGGGGGACGAGAAGAUCAAGAGCUUCAUUUGGGAACUGAUCACACCUACCAAAGACGGGCAGGCCCAGACCCUCCAGAACCACUCAGGGUUGUCUGCUCCAGUCCCCAGAGGAAGGAAGGGGAAGAAGACAAAGAACCAGCUGCUGCUCCCUGAGUUGAAGAAUGCAGACUGGCUGGCCACCUGCAACCCCGAGGUGGUCUUGCAUGAUGACGGCUAUAAGAAACACCUCAAACAGCACUGCAACAAGGUCCUUUUGCGAGUCCGGAUGCUGUACUACCUAAAAGCUGAAAUACUGGGAGAGGCAGCUGAUAAAGCGUUUGAAGGCACCCCUGCCAGGGAGCUAGACGUACCCCUGCCCGACAUCGACUACAUGGAGAUCCCAGUGGAUUGGUGGGAUGCUGAGGCCGAUAAGUCCCUUCUGAUAGGCGUGUUCAAACACGGGUAUGAGAGGUACAAUGCCAUGCGAGCAGACCCAGCACUUUGCUUCCUGGAGAAAGUCGGGAUGCCAGAUGAGAAGUCUCUUUCUGCAGAACAGGGUGUUACAGAGGGGACCUCAGACAUUCCCGAGCGAGGCAACACGGAUAAAGAAGACAACACUGAAGACAAGUUAGAUGGCCUGCAGAAACAAAUGGAGAGUUCCAGCGAUGGAGGUGAUGGCAUUUUUGGCGAAAAGAAAGAUGACAGCCGGGCAGCCCAGGAUGGCUCCGACCCAGACAAAUCACCCUGGCCAGUUCCGUCUGCUCUCACGGCUCGGCUCAGACGUCUGGUCACCGUGUACCAGCGCUGUAACCGCAAGGAACUCUGCCGACCGGAAGUCCUGGGACCAGGUAACCAAGGAUACUGGGUCCAGGAAGAGAUGUUCAGGAGAACCUCAGAAAUGGAUCUCAUCAACAAGGAAGCUCAAAAGAGGUGGACUAGGAGAGAGCAAGCAGACUUCUACAGAGCAGUGUCCUCCUUUGGGGUUGUUUAUGAUCAAGAAAAGAAAACUUUUGACUGGACGCAGUUCCGCAUCAUUUCCCGUUUGGACAAGAAGUCGGAUGAGAGCCUGGAGCACUAUUUUUAUAGCUUUGUGGCCAUGUGCCGGAACGUCUGUCGUCUGCCCACAUGGAAAGAUGGUGGUCCCCCAGAUCCCAGCAUCUAUGUGGAACCCAUCACGGAGGAACGGGCCGCGAGAACCCUUUACCGCAUUGAGCUGCUGCGGAAGGUCCGAGAGCAAGUGCUGAGGUGUCCUCAGCUGCACGAGCGCCUCCAGCUCUGCAGGCCCAGCCUCUACCUCCCGGUCUGGUGGGAGUGUGGGAAGCACGACCGAGACCUGCUCGUCGGCACCGCCAAGCAUGGGCUGAACCGCACUGACUAUUACAUCAUGACCGACCCCCAGCUGUCCUUCCUGGAUGCCUACAGAAACUAUGCCCAGCAUAAGAGAACGGACGCCCAGGCACCAGAAAGUCUCUGUUGCCUUUACCAGACCAACUCCAGGCUGUAUGAAUCUCUUACGUACACUCAGAUGAGCAGGACUUCAGAGCCCCUUGAAAAUGAACCUGAGAAUCUGGUGAAAAUAGAAAGUAGAGAUGAUCAUCUCGCUCCACCUGGGGGCAGUUUAUCUGACAUGACUUGUGACAACUUUAUUUCUAAAGUUCAGGAUGUCAUUUCCAUCACCCACGAUGAAAGUCUGCUGCCUGAGUCCUUGGAGAGUAUGAUGUAUGGGAAGAAGGCUUACAUUCGAGAGCCGGGCUCUCUCCAGGAGAGCCCCAGUACAAACACAGAGCCCAGAAAGGAUGCUCUGGCCCUCUCAGCAAGCAAAGAUGGGAACUGCCGGCCUGCUGGCCAUGAGGCAGAAAUACCUUCAGGGCCGUCUUUUAUGAGUAGCUUAGAAGCAGGGGUAGCUCAGAUGAACAUCAAAAAUGGAAAACAUCUGUUGCUGUCUCUUUCAAGGGAAGGGGAUGUCUGCAGUGAGGCAGGGCAGAGGCCUGAAAGCAUUGGGCAGCUAGAAGCCAAACACUUAGCUUCCCCUUCCUUGGAUCAGGGAAAUGAAAGUGGGUUUGUAGAUAUGUGCCAUCUUAGUGUCUGUGAUUCCAGAAGAAGCUUGUCAUCAGACCAGCAGUUAAUUGAUUUAUUAGAAAACAAAAGUUUAGAAAGUAAAUUGGUUUUGAGUCAGAACCACAGUGAAGAGGAGGAGGAAGAGGAAGAGAAUGAGGAGGAGAACGUAGGUGUGACCAUAGGCCUGAGGGAAAGGCCCGAGGUUUUGCAUCUAGCCGAGCCCACUGCUAAUAUCCUAAGGGAAAAGAGCCGAGGCCUCCCUGUGGAUGAGGUCAAGAGAGGAAGCCUGGAGGCCAUGAGCCAGCAUCCUAGACCACAGGGGGCUUUUCCUCCAGCAGCCUGUCAGUGUCACUGCAAGCACACGGAGAGGUGGGCACGUGGCCUCGAGAACGAGGAGUUUGAAGUGGACAAAUCCAAGGGUUAUACCCCAGACCUGUACAGAAGCAAAACGAAUAGUAUCACAGUGGAGGGUGAGCCCACCGCUCCUCCAUCAGAGCCCUUUCAGGGAAAGCACGAGCUGUCAAAAGAACCUUGGAAGGAAAAUGCAGAAGGCAAAAAAGUUUUCCCUGCAUAUCCAGAAGCAAGUGAGCUCAAGUCCGAAGACAUGGAUUUUGAGAGUAAAGAUGAUUACGACAGAGAUGGGAACAGCCAUGCUCAAGAUUACCCAGGGAAAUACUCUGAAGAGGAGAGCAAGAGCUCAGCAUCAGGCAUUGCUGGAGACCUCGGGGAUGACCUACAGGAGGCUCGGGCUCCCACCAUUGCUCAACUGCUCCAGGAGAAGACCCUCUUUUCCUUCUCUGAGUGGCCAAAGGAUCGCGUGAUAAUCAACCGCCUGGAUAAUAUCUGCCACGUGGUGUUAAAGGGGAAGUGGCCUUCCAGCCAGCAGUACGAGCCCCCGGGCACACUGCCCACCCCUGUGUUAACCAGCAGUGCUGGUUCUCGAAGCAGCAUCUCGGAGCCAGAAACAUCAGAACACAGCUUCAGCAGUGGUGCAGCAUUGGUGGCCCAGAUCCAGAAGGAGAGCUUCCUGGCUCCAGUAUUCACAAAGGAUGACCAAAAGCACAGACGGCCCUAUGAGUUUGAGGUGGAGCGGGAUGCAAAGGCGCGGGGUCUGGACCAGUUCUCCACCACCCACGGGCACCCCCCCAUCGUCCUCAAUGGCUGGCACGGGGAGUCCGCAAUAGACCUCUCCUGCACUUCAGACGGGUCCCCAGGAGCCGCGUCUCCUUUCCCACUGAGUGCCAGCACCCCUAAGAUCGGGGCUAUCAGUUCACUUCAAGGAGCCCUCGGCAUGGACUUGUCUGGGAUUCUGCAAGCUGGCCUGAUCCAUCCAGUGACAGGACAGAUCGUCAACGGAAGCCUCAGAAGAGAUGACGCUGCCACGAGGAGGAGGAGAGGGAGACGGAAACAUGUUGAAGGAGGGAUGGACCUCAUCUUUUUGAAGGAGCAGACACUUCAGGCAGGAAUCUUGGAAGUCCAUGAAGACCCAGGGCAGGCGCCCUCAAGCGCCUCACAUCCGGAAGGGCCGGUGUCUGCCGCUUCAGCCCCUGAGCCAGCCCCAGCAGCUGGCAGCCAGGCUGAGAAAGCCAUUCCCAGCAAGAGUCUCCUUGACUGGCUGAGGCAGCAGGCUGAUUACUCCUUAGAGGUUCCUGGCUUUGGAGCAAAUUUUUCAGACAAACCAAAGCAGAGGAGGCCACGCUGUAAGGAACCUGGAAAAUUAGACGUCAACUCCCUGAGUGGGGAAGAGAGGGUUCCCGCUGUCCCCAAGGAGCCAGGACUAAGGGGAUUUCUCCCAGAAAACAAGUUCAAUCACACCCUGGCCGAGCCUGUUCUUCGAGAUGCGGGCCCCCGCAGGAGGGGGAGGCGGCCUCGGAGCGAGCUCCUGAAGACCCCUGCCAUUGUGGCGGACUCUCCCUCGGGGAUGGGGCCACUGUUCAUGAACGGACUGAUCGCUGGGAUGGACCUGGUAGGACUCCAGAACAUGAGAAAUCUGCCAGGCAUCCCCCUCACGGGCCUGGUGGGGUUCCCGGCCGGCUUCGCCACAAUGCCCACGGGCGAAGAGGUCAAAAGCACCUUGAGCAUGCUGCCCAUGAUGCUGCCGGGAAUGGCCGCAGUGCCCCAGAUGUUCGGUGUCGGGGGACUCCUCAACGCACCCAUGGCCACUGCCUGCACCAACACCGCUCCAGCGCCUCUGUCAAGCACAACAAAAAGUGGCACAGCAGCGACCGAAAAGACUGUAGAAGACAAGCCGAGUAGCCAUGAUGUAAAAACGGACACGUUAGCUGAAGACAAGCCUGGUCCUGGUCCGUUUUCUGAUCAGUCCGAACCUGCAAUAACUACCAGUAGUCCUGUGGCUUUUAACCCCUUUCUCAUCCCAGGAGUGUCUCCUGGACUCAUUUACCCAUCCAUGUUUCUGUCCCCGGGCAUGGGCAUGGCUCUGCCGGCGAUGCAGCAGGCCAGACACUCUGAAGCAGUAGGUCUGGAGAGCCAGAAGCGGAAGAAGAAGAAAACAAAAGGGGACAGCCUGAACCCCAACCCAGAGCCUGCUCCCGGGUCCGAAAAGGAGCCAGGCGGCGAUCAGAACUGCCCCGAACCCAGGGCCCCCGUCCCUCCAGAGAGAGGACAUGUGGCACAGGCCAGGGAAGGGGGCCUCAAAGACUCCAACAGUGACGCCAAUUAG